AUGACUUCCCCCGGCAGUGCCACCAGGACCGCUACCGCCGUCACGCAGCAACAAAGCGACUUGGUCCUCGCUCAAGUUGACCUCCCUAAGUUGCAGGCCCACCAAGUCUACGUCAAGGUGGAACUGGCUGCUUUCAAUCCUACCGACACCAUUGUUGGAUAUUGCGCCAUCCAACUAGCCAGACUGCAUGGCUACACUGUGGCCACGACGUGCAGUCCCCAGAACUUCGAUUUCGUGAGGAGUGUGGGAGCGACUCAGGUCUUUGACUACAGAGAUCCUGAGGUCGCAGCCAAGAUCCAGAGUACGCUUCCCACACUUGGCCAUGUCUUUGACACGAUUGGCUCAGCCGGUUCUUCCUCGACUGCGGCGUCUGCUUUGAACGGAGGCAACGGGGCUCUCUGCACAGUGAGGCCGGGCAAGACUAAUACCCAGGAUGUCCCGAAGAGCGUCACAAUCACAGACGUAUUUGUGUUCACGGCAUUCCCAAAACCUCACACCUAUCGCGGCACAGCGCAUUGGCCGGUGAUGAUGGAAAACCACGAACUCAGCGCCGAGCUAUACAGCGAACUUCCGAGACUGCUCUCAGAGGGUCUGAUCAAGCCUCCCCGUGCUAGCCAAGCAGCGCGCGCCUGCGGUCUGCUCGAAGCCCGAGUUGUGACGGACAGCAGGCAGGUUAAUAACUACGAAUUACAUCGUGGAAAGAACAAGGGCCUGAGACAGCGCAUCCAGACCAGGAAAUCUCGCGUGGGAACAGUUCAUGCCAACUGCCAGAGCCGUGACCAGCGCUCAUCGCCGACUAUGACUGCAAGUGCAAUGUGGCAACCGCUACCGUUGUCAGGUCGCUCUGACCUGCCGGCGCUACUUGCAUCAUUCGAGACCGGGACGGCAGCGUACACUUUGCGUGUCACAGACCUGGCCAACAUGUGGAUCGAUAAGCUCGACAGGAAGGCCAUCUGUAUGAGAGCGUGGUCUCAAGAAGCGCCGAUUGAUCCUAGCGAAACCUCGGAGAACAUGACAAAGUUACUCGAGAUGCUGCGGGCAGCAAUCAGCUCUGUGCACACUGAGGACACAAAGGCAACGUUGAGCCUCGCCGCAGAAGGCGAGAGUCUGAUUCUCAAGGCGCAUUGCCCUAUCCCAGGGUUGCAGCCCCUGAAGUGGCCUUUCAAAUUGUCCAAAGCUCCACCUUCAGAGCUUGCCACCUCGUUUGUACUGCCGCUUAUACAGGCUCAACAUUCCCGCGACCGUGCGAUAGAGUCUCUGGUGUCCAGGAUUGCACAGAAGGAUGCAGUGCUCACGAAGUUGUCGGACAAGCUUGAAGCAACUGGCACAGGUCUCGAACACGUCUUUCACACCUUGUCUGGGAAGAGAAAGGUCAGCAGAGCUACCGCAGAAUCUAAAGUUAAGGGUCUUGCCCCGUUUGAUUUUCAUACGUGGGAGAGCGAAUUGUACAAAGACGAGUCGCCCGAGAACAUCCAAACGCUGGUACAGGAUGUGUUCUCGCAGCGCACUCGAUACGGAUCGCUCGACUUGGAUAGCUCUCCGAAACUGGACGGCUGGUGGCUGGAUCUGAGAGGAACUGUGCGGUUGCCGCAGCGUACAAUGCCCUCUGCCCCGGAGCAGAGCAGAGUGAGCAGACCUGCCUUGUCAGAUUCUCCUGAGCCCGAGGAGAACAGUGGCGAUGACGAUGGGUUUCAGGUGCAGGCUACGCCCCCUCAUCUUGCCGCCUCACAAUCCAGCAAAAUCGACCAAGUCGCGGGGGCAGUUGAAGACGACGCGUCAACUGCUAGCGAAGACGAAGAUGACUCGGGUCGCGUCAGGAGGCCAGCGGCCUCCGACACUGCAUCCGACGCUAGCGGUAAAGAUGGCGAGGGCGCCAAAGCCACCUCCUCACCUCCAGAACGCCCAACACAAAGAACCCCAGCCAAGCCCCGUUUGGGACACAUCGUUGGUGGUACGAAAAAGGCCACGUCUGGGCAACCUGCCGCUACACACAAGUCGGGCCACGUCGAUAAACAGCCAGGCGACAAAGCUCCCUCGGGCCGACUGAAGCUUGGCAUGAUCAGCAAGAGUAAGGAUGCGGAAGUCACAGCAAAAGCAAACAGUACAUCACCGGGUGAACGAGGCCGAACCGAGGCAAAGGAAGUCGAUUCUGCCGAUAGGGAGACUUCUACGGAGAGGGCUGAUAGACGGCGAGAGGAACUCAAGCGAGAGCGAGAGAGAAAAGCAGCGGCUGGGCCCGUCAAGAAGAGGCGCAAAUUUUGA